CGCUGCGCUCCCCCGCAUCCAGCAGGGGGAGCUACUGAGCCACGAGUGAUGAGACUGCGUAAAGCCAUAUGAAAGUACAUUACAUUCGCUCCGCACGCAGACCUGUUUUUGUUGCCUGCCGGAGUCGGGGACUUGCUGACCGUUAACCGGUGCUGGGUGAUAACUCGGACGAAUACACACAGUGGAGAGUGCACCUUCCUCGGUGCCAGGCCUGGAGUGUGACAAGGCGGUGGGGUGUUCGUUCUCCAUGUCUGUCCGCAACGGGUCGGCCAGCAAUGUGGAUUGCCCUAUAUCAAAGGAGCGCUGCAUCCAGGAUGAUUUGGAACUGACUGAGCUGGGGCCCCUGCUGGAGGGACCAGGGCAACCUGCAGCUCCAAAACGGGUCGCCUCAGCGGGGCCCAUGGUUCUCGAUGAGGAGGAGGAGGAGGACGAAGGGGCGCGGGUGAUGACCCUGCCUCUGCAGGCUCACCAUGCUAUGGAGAAGAUGGAGGAGUUUGUGUACAAGGUCUGGGAGGGGCGCUGGCGGGUCAUCCCAUACCAUGUGCUUCCGGAGUGGCUGAAGGAUAAUGACUACCUGCUGCACGGCCAUCGGCCGCCCAUGCCCUCCUUCCGCGCCUGCUUUGGCAGCAUCUUCAGAAUACACACAGAAACGGGAAACAUCUGGACACACCUGCUGGGGCUCAUCCUGUUCCUGUGCCUGGGCACACUCACCAUGCUACGUCCUAGCAUGUACUUCUUGGCCCCCCUGCAGGAGAAGGUGGUAUUCGGCAUGUUUUUCCUGGGGGCUGUGCUCUGUCUCAGCUUCUCCUGGCUCUUCCACACCGUGUACUGCCACUCCGAGAAAGUGUCCCGCACCUUCUCCAAGCUGGACUACUCGGGAAUCGCACUCCUCAUCAUGGGCUCCUUUGUGCCCUGGCUCUACUAUUCUUUCUACUGCUCCCCGCAGCCCCGUCUCAUCUACCUCUCCAUUGUGUGCGUGCUGGGCAUUGCCGCUAUCAUCGUGGCCCAGUGGGACCGCUUUUCCACGCCCCGCCACCGCCCUACCAGAGCAGGCGUGUUCAUGGGCUUAGGCUUGAGCGGCAUCGUACCCACAAUGCACUUCACCGUUGCGGAGGGCUUCGUGAAGGCCACUACGGUUGGCCAGAUGGGCUGGUUCUACUUGAUGGGUGCCCUCUACAUCACGGGCGCUGGCCUGUAUGCCGCACGGAUACCAGAGCGCUAUUUCCCAGGAAAGUGUGACAUCUGGUUCCAGUCGCACCAGAUCUUCCACGUGCUCGUGGUAGCGGCUGCCUUCAUCCACUUCUACGGCGUGUCCAAUCUGCAGGAAUUCCGCUACGGGCUGGAGGGGGGCUGUACUGAUGACACCUUGCUCUAAUAAUGCAGCCCUCCUCCAAACCCCCUCACUCCUGCUCUCCACGCACACCUGUGCCUGUCCAUCACGGCUCUCAGACCACCCCAAGGUGCCAGUGGAACCACAUGAUCACCAGGUCGACACCGAGACGCUGCUGCUCCGCCUGCCCCUGCAUUCUGUCAUGUCGGUCUUUUCACACAAGUGACAGGCAGUACCUAUUGCAGCACUGGUUAUGCCUCUUCCUUUCAAUUUAGCAUAGUUUUGCAGUUAUAGCUCACUGGGGACCUCUGCUGACUUGAAAUAAGGCCAGUGAGCUUAGCAUUAGCUAGGGGUGGCCAGUCUUAUCCGCAAAGGGCCAAUGUGAAUGUGGGUUUUUGGGAUAACCUUUAAGUCAGCUGAUCAAACCCAGGUGUGAGGACUCUUCAGCCAAUCAGUCCUCUAAUUAGUAAUCUAAUUAGGGAGUUGCAGCAAAGACCUGCAUACACAACGGCCCUUUCUGGAUAAGAUUGGCCACCCCUGGCAUAAGCCCCACAGCAGAAGGGAUGUAACACUAUCCUGAAACAAUGUCAUUGGUGGUAGUGGGGGACACUUUACAAGGCAAACCACUUAGGCUUAGACCUCAGGUUUUGCUCUCGGUCCACACUCUGGAUCCCAUGACUCAUAAUUUCCCUAGUUUUCUGACUUUUGGAAUUAGAGGAGAUGUUUAGCUGGCAGGUAUAAUAUUUUCAGCGCAGCCCAUUGCAUGCCUUACAGUCUGCAGUUUGCCGCUUCAUUAAAAUGUCAUGCACAUUCUAAGCAUUCAAUUCUUGUUGCAUCAUAUCCAGUCACUAAGGUGUAUUUGUUAAUGGUACAAGCUCAUUUAUGUUGUCAUCUUCCAUUACUCCUGUACCAUCUGGUGUUAAGUGUACUUUUCAAACCCUUUAUAAUCUUGCUUCUACAAAUAAUAGACAGAUAACUAAUAAAAUACAGACCACAAUUACAACAGUAGCUAGACUUAGCAGCCAUGGUCUGUCGAUCCAUUUCUGGGGCGUGAAACUGACGAUCUCUUGGUGGUCAUAACCUCACAGUUUGUGUGUAGAUGGGUCAGAGCUGUAAUUAUAAUUAAUUGUAAUUGCACUUGAUGUGAUGUUUCAGAUUAAAGGUCAGGGAUUCAAAGGUUGUGAAAGAAGCACUUGGGUAUGGUAAAUCAUAUCAAAGAGGUUGUGUUAGUUCUCUGGGGGCAUGUAAAAUUAACGGUUUAAUUAUUUUGAUUUUAAUUGAGUGGAGUUCCCACAAACAAAAUGAAAGCCAAAUUUAGCUCUGCUAAUGGGUGGGUCGAGGUGUCUAACUGGGGUAUUUAGAGUAAACAAGGCACCUGUAAACUCCCUGUAGACUCCAUAGCAGAGAUGGGAAGUUCAGGUUCAGAAAGUACAAAUCCAGACCAAGAUUUUGUUUCAACCAACCAGUUGAGUUCACUGUGAAUGUGAAUCUUUGUAAAUAUUUGUACUUUCUAAACCUUAACUUUACACCUCUGCUUAGCAGUAGAAGGAAUCCAGGUUGUAUGAUGUGAGGAAGCCCCUACAUAGCUUAUUUGGAAAAGGGAUUAGCUGGGUUUUGAACGAUUUUGAAAAAUAAAAGUAAUGUUAGAAGGGAGGAGAAAGGGCUAUCUAAAAAGAGAUUUAGCCUGGCUAAAUUACCACAAUGCAGGGGAAUGUGCCACAGUGGAAACAAGACCUUCUUUAUAAGCGCUUAUGCAAAACUCUUCACGUUACUUAUUAAUGAAGUUUACAGGGGGGAAAUAAUGAAUGAGAAAACAUGAGAAAUGUCCGAGGUGUAAAUCAGUGUGUUCCCAAAGUCAUAAUCCACAGAGAGAAUUUCACACAGGGUAUAAUAAGUUUCCAACAAGGCGCCUUUUCCUUGGUUUCGUGUAAAAUCCGAUGUCUGUGGAAUUGAACAGGUAUCUGUAUUUGCCUUUGGGGGACAGUGUCACUGAAAUUAUCAUUCCCAUAUUUUCCCAAUGCACACACAAUAUUUAAUAAUACUUGGUGAAGAUCCUCAUUAUUAUCCAUAUUCCUACAGGUUAUCCUGGUCAGAGCCAUCAUGCCCUAAUCAUUUUGGUACUGUGCCGUCCUCAGCCUAUUUCGGUACUAAUUUUGAAAUACUCACUUAUUGAUAUUAACUAUAACAAAGUAAUGCACAAUGCAGCUAAUAUCUGGUAAGGUCUAAUAUGAAGUGCUACACACAGAUACAUUUUGUCCCUUAGUAUUCCUGUGCCUUAGGCUAUUAAAAAAAGACAGUUGAUGUUAAAAAGGUUAGUUUUAAUAUGAUUAAAAAGUGGAAGAUAAGGGUAGAAUCUGGGAUUGAGUAUAAAAAUGAGGUCAUUUUUGAACUGGAUCACUGGAUAUGUAUUUUUGUUUAUAAUUCCUAUUUCAAAGCAGCAAAUAAUUCUGUUUAUUGCCAUUUGCAAUAGUUUUACAAGUUAUGAUUACAGAUGGGCCGGAAGCACUAAAUAUCCAUGCAGUUACUAAAUUAUAUUUGCAGUGUCCUCUUGCAUUUAUCAAGAAGCUUUGUUUAUCUUAAUGAAAAAUGUUACAAUAAACUAUGCUAAAACCUCA